UACAUAUUUUACAUUCGAAGUUUGUGUAAUUUCGUACAUCCUUUCAAAAUUUAACUUUAUACUAAUACGACUAUAACUACUUCUAAAUAAUAUUACAGAUUUGUUAUUUCUACUAAUUUUCUGUUUAAUAGAAAUGGAAGAUUCCUCAAAAUUUAAGAAUGAAAAGAUCAAGGAUAAGUUCCAAAUUUAUUCAUCACUAGCUUUUAUGGUAGUAGUAGUUAUUAUAGGAGUUCCUAUGUGGUGGAAAACUACAGAAGUUUACAGAAGUACGCUUCCCAAUAACGAAAUAAAAUAUUUAAAUGCAAAGAACAUAAAAAUUUUUUUAAAUGUAUACGUUUGCUCGUCUGAUAUCUUGCGAUCUACAUAUCUAAUUGAAGGCAUUAAAUCUUAUUUCGAACAUUCCGAUAUAUUUCACAUUAAUUUUGUACCAUUAAAUGUUAGCACAAAUGAUAUAAAAACCCCAGCUUCUUUAGAAAAUUUAUUGAAAACCAGAUUUGUUAAAAUUAAUAUUGGAGAUUUCUUAAUAAUGGAAUGGAUUUCACAAAAAGAAGACGUUUUGGUAACGUCGGAAAGAACUGCUUAUAUAUCCAAAGAAGCUUCACCUAAGCAGUUAGCCAAAGUUUUACGGCAUGUGUUGAAAGUGAAUGAUAUACUAAACAUAAUAAAUGAAAAAAAAUCUGAUAGAAUUCAUGGUUCAUAUGUUCUCAAUCAUCAAAAUGUCGUUAUUUCAGUUAUUAAUCCGAAUCCUAACAAAAUUGAUGUUAAAUGGAAUGUGAAAGAAGCAGUUCAACUUUACUUAGAACCUCUUUUAAAAUAUAUUAAUCCUAUUUCAAAGUUUACAUUAAAAACUCAGUUCAAAUAUCAAAUAUCUCUUGAUUUGCCGUUAAAACAUGUCAAAGACGAAUCUAAAACUGGAAGACACUACGGGUUAUCAGAAGCAGAUUUACCACAUAUAAUAACUUCAGUGGAAAAAAAUUUGGGUUUUAUUACUUCGGAUAAUCCAGUUAUAAAUUUGGUCAUAUAUAUUUCCCCAUGUGAAACAUCACCUAUAUAUAUAUAUCAACGACAUGAGUCCAUAAAUUUAUCUGUUAAAAACUCUUCUGUUCAAUCAUUUAUUUCUCCUAAAUGGGGUUCCGUAGCCAUAUACAACCCCCCAUUAGCUGUAUGUGAAAAGUAUGAAGAAAAUUCUCAAAGAACUAAAUUUAAUGUUAAUUCUAAGGAUGUGAUGCAGUCCCUACUGUUUCAAUUACAAAACUAUUACGAAAUAAAUUUGAAUCCACAUAUUGAAGGAGUUAAAAUUAUAGAAACCCAAUCAUUAUAUCCACAUGAAUGGCAGUAUGAUGGUUAUAUUCGCCGGAUUGUUGUCAGUGAAAUCUUAACGGCAAUAAGAACUUUACAAUCUUUAAUUCAACUAUUAAAUAAUAUCAACUACAUCGUUAUUAAUGACGAUGUAGGCGUAUCAAUAAACAAAGCUUAUGAAAAUGUUAUUAAGGCUAAAGAAUUUUUAAUUAAUGGAAACUUGACGAAAGCGGCAAAAUAUGCUCAUGAAAGUUACGUGUUUUCGGAACGAGCCUUCUUUGAUGCUAGCUUGUUAGCUCAGCUCUAUUUUCCUGACGAACAAAAAUACGCAAUUUACAUACCCUUGUUUUUACCUAUUAUGGUUCCAGUAGUCACAUCAUCUGUAAUGAUCUUCAAGUGGUAUACGAAGGGAAGCUGAAUAACGUAUUAAAUAAUUAGAAUUAAUUAGAAUUAAGAGAUACUCGCUAUUUAAUAUAUUGAAGUUAAAAUAAAGUAUUCUGUUGUAUAAAAUAAUCCGUACUUACAUGGAAUUGCUUU